AAGAAGCCAGAAGGACGCUAAUAAGUCAGUCUUAUUAUUUGUUCUUCAGUUUGAAAUAUUUACGUCCUAUAAAAUACAUCUUUGAUUCUUUAUUUUAACGAUAAACUCGUCUCGAUGCGCUAGAAGCACUUUGCUGCUUCUCUUGCUCGUUUAUUGUUAGUUAGCUUAGCUCGCUAGUUAGCUUAGCUUGUUAGCUGCCAACAGAAGUUAUCAACACAUCGCUAAGUAGAGAUCAAGUGUGAGAGUAAAGUGUUGUGAUUGUGUGAAAAUGUCUACAUUACACAUGUUGAGAGCGUUGGUGGAUCAGCGACUAACUGCUGCCGUUGAAGAAAUAUUUGUAGUGUUAGAAAGAACGAUAGCAGAAUACGAGGCGGAACUUUCUAGAACAAAGGAGGAGAACAAGCUACUAAAGGACGCUGUUUUCAAGAAACAUCAAGUUGUGUUACACAGAACAGACGUCCAGCAGCCCCCUCACAUUAAAUAUAAUGAGGAGGAUCCACAGCCCCCCCACAUGAAAGAGGAAGAGAAGGAAGUGUGGAUCAGUCAGGAGGGAGAGUGUGUUGUAGGGCAGGAGGAGGAUGAUGUCAGCAAGUUUCCACUGACUGUUGUCUCUGUGAAGACUGAAGAGCAUGAAGACAAAGCACCUGAGUCCUCACAGCUUCAUCACAGUCCAAACAUCCAGCAGCCCCCCCACAUGAAAGAGGAAGAGGAUGAUCCACAGCCCACCCACAUGAAAGAGGAAGAGGAUGAUCCACAGCCCACCCACAUGAAGGAGGAAGAGGGGCAUCAACAGCCCCGCCACAUGAAAGAGGAAGAGGAUCAUCCACAGCCCCGCCACAUGAAAGAGGAAGAGGAUGAUCCACAGCCCCCCCACAUGAAAGAGGAAGAGGAGGAUCCACACAUGAAAGAGGAAGAGGAUGAAUUACAUCCCCUUCACAUGAAAGAGGAAGAGGAGGAUCCACACAUGAAAGAGGAAGAGGAGGGAGAGUGUGUUGUAGGGCAGGAGGAGGAUGAUGUCAGCAAGUUUCCACUGACUGUUGUCUCUGUGAAGACUGAAGAGCAUGAAGACAAAGCACCUGAGUCCUCACAGCUUCAUCACAGUCCAAACGUCCAGCGGGUGUCAGCGGGGAGUCAUGAAGAGGAGUGGCACACCAGUGUGGGACAGAAGGAGCUACAGGCCCCCUCCCACAUUAAAGAGGAGCAGCUUCAUGAUGAAGAUGAAGCUCAGUCCUUCCAGCUUCAUCACAGUCAAAGUGAGGAGAACAGAGGGGCGGAGCUUGUAAGUCAACACAUCACAGAAGCUGAUGGAGAGCAUUGUGAAGAUAUCAAGUCAGAACCAGACAGCAUCUUUGCUCCACUGUCAGACAUGGACCACAUGAUGUCACACUCUUCUGAUCACAGUGACCACAUCCAAAAACCUUUGGAGAGUAAAAAUGACUCUAAAGGUGAUACGAGACAUCACACUAACAACAAACACUUUGACUGCUCUGAAUGUGGGAAAUCAUUUAGACUGAAGAGUGAUUGUACAAGACACAUGAGAACACACACUGGAGAGAAACCUUUUACUUGCUCUGUUUGUGCUAAAAGAUUCAACACUAAGAAUGAAAUGAUAUUACACAUGAGAACACACACAGGUGAGAAACCCUUUACUUGCUCUGUUUGUAAGGAUCAUUUCUCUCAAAAGCAACACAUGACCAGACACAUGAGAACACACACUGGAGAGAAACCUUUUGCUUGCUCAGCUUGUGCUAAAAGAUUCUACACUAAGAAUGAAAUUAUAUUACACAUGAGAACACACACAGGUGAGAAACCCUUUACUUGCUCUGUUUGUAAGAAGAGUUUCUCCAGAAAGCAAAUGAUGACCAUACACAUGAGAACACACACUGGAGAGAAACCUUUUACUUGCUCUGUUUGCAAGAAGAGUUUCUCCACAAAGACAAACUUGACCACACACAUGAGAACACACACUGGAGAGAAACCUUUUACUUGCUCUGUUUGUAAGAAGAGUUUCUCCAGAAAAGAACACAUGACCAUACACAUGAGAACACACACUGGAGAUAAACAUUUUGCUUUCUCAGCUUGUGCUAAAAGAUUCUACUCUAAAAUGACAUGA